UUCAGUGAAUCAAGAUACCGAGUAGAAGACGAACGGAUUUACCGUCGCACCGUUUUUUUUAUAUUGACGUUUUGUACGGUUAAUUUGACGUUUCUCCCAUAGCAUACUGUGAUACAGGAAAGGUCCCGUUGGCUCCGCAGAUCUCUCGCGACGUGCCUGAACGGGAAAACGGCAUAGGAACCAUGGAAAAUCGCACGCUUUUCCGACAGCGAGUCGCCUUAACACACAGCCUUAUUUUGAAUUUUUUGCGUAGUUUCUAAGGUGCCGACACAGCACGCAAUACGUUUUUUUUUUCAUCCGGCUACACGGUCAUUAUGCAUCGAUAUCGUUCGGUUUUUCAACUGAUGUCACAACGAAUUCAGGAAUUUCCAUUACGAAUUUAACGGUUUUCGAAAUGUACAUCGAAAAAUUGAUAUUUUGAUUCACGCGUUAACCUUGUCUUGUUCGACGAUGAUGGUGAAAAUAUCGGAAAAUUCUAGUCGGGGGAACCUUUCCAGGUGGUAAAACUUUGAUAUGCCAGUAAGGAGAGGUUUGGUAGCUCCAAGGACUACGUUAAUUGAGACUAUAAUCAGGAAGUUCGAUACAGACAAUCGUAGUUUUUUAGUCGGCAACAUACGGGAAGGAAUAUGUCACAUCAUAUAUUGCUCGGACGGCUUCUGCCGUCUAACAGGAUACUCAAGAGCGGAAGUGAUGCAGAGACCGGCCUCCUGCGAGUUCUUAUGUGGCCCCCUGACAUCACAGCAAGCUGUGACAUCGCUCAGAGAAGCGUUACAGGAGGGAGUUGAGAAACACGCUGAAAUCCUGUACUAUAGAAAGGAUGGUUCAAAGUUCCUAUGCUCUGAAGUCAUAGCUCCGAUAAGAAGCGAGGUUGAUGACAUCAGCUUGAUAAUUGUCAAUUUCGAAGACCUGACAGCCCAUCCAGCUGGUUCCCUUGAAAACAGUCCUGUAGGAAAAUCCAGAUUUAGCAAGUUUGAUAGGGCGCGGGCUUCCUUCAGGCAGAGUUUGAGGUUAGGUUCGAACUUGCGAGGAAGAGGUUUUCGAUUGGCCGGUUAUUUGACGCCACCGAGUGACGUUACCACUGCCGAAGAGGAAGCGGACAGAUUGGAGCAAUGUCCGCUGACGUCAAACUCACCAACCCCUAUUCUGGAAACAACUUGGGUGCCCAAGACAGAGGUACCAUCAGCCGUUGGCCACACCACAGCGGUACCCAUACCUGGGGGAUUUCCACAAAUGAAAGAGUACACCGCUCUGACCAUCUCCCAUAGCGCUCCCACCAGCCAUCAGGCCUCCUUCGAACAGGGGGAGUGUAUAGACAGGAUUAAGCACCACUUAACAAAUAAUAGGAACCCACCUCAAAACAGGGUGUCGCAUGCAACGAGUCUAGAUGCCAUAGCUAGAAGGCAGUGCUUUAGAACUGGAUACCCCUCUGUUAGCAUUUCCAAUAAGCCGCAACUCACCAAACAAUUUCCCAAUGUAUCAUCAGAAUCUGACCUUCAAAAAUACAAAACCGCACAACAGAGCCACGAUCGCAAAAGUCCUAGCCUGAGUAAUCCGAACACGGACUCUUCCAGGCAAAAGGUUCGUCAUCAAUUUUCUUUCCAGGACAAUGGCUCAGCCAAAUACUUUCAAAGUGGAAUUCACACACCGAAGAUGGGAGAAAAAGUGGCACAGGUUUUAUCGUUAGGAGCAGACGUUCUUCCCGAAUACAAACUACAGAACCCAAGGCUGCACAACUACACUAUCCUACACUACUCCCCUUUCAAGGCAGUCUGGGACUGGAUCAUCCUAAUCCUGGUUAUUUACACAGCCAUAUUCACACCGUACGUAGCAGCAUUUUUACUCAGUGAGCCCGAGUUUAGUAGCAAGAAGAACAAGAAGUACAGCGAAGACCCAAUCGUUAUAAUAGAUCUCAUUGUGGACGUGACUUUCAUCAUCGACAUCCUGAUCAACUUCAGAACGACCUACGUUAGUGGUACGGACGAAAUCGUUUCAGAUCCAGGCAGAAUUGCCAUCCAUUACCUCAAAGGUUGGUUUUUUAUCGAUCUUGUGGCAGCCGUUCCCUUCGAUCUCCUAUUCUUCAAUAGCGACACAGACGAGUUGGGCUUGGACAAAGACGAGACCACCACCCUUAUUGGCUUGCUGAAGACCGCAAGGUUACUGAGACUGGUCAGGGUUGCCAGGAAAAUCGACAGAUAUUCCGAAUAUGGAGCAGCCGUCCUUUUAUUGUUGAUGUGUUCGUUCACCCUCAUCGCUCAUUGGUUUGCCUGCGUUUGGUAUGCCAUAGGAAAUGCCGAAAGACCCAUGCUGAAAGCCAAAGUUGGCUGGCUGGAUAUUUUGGCAAACGACACUCACCAGUUCUACCUGCCCAAUAAUACCGGAGGUCCUAGCAUAAAGAGUCGUUACGUGACUGCGCUAUAUUUCACCUUCACCUCGUUGACCAGCGUUGGAUUUGGUAACGUAGCACCGAACACAGAUACGGAGAAGAUCUUCACCAUUUGCGUGAUGCUUAUAGGAUCUCUGAUGUACGCAAGCAUAUUUGGUAACGUUUCUGCGAUCAUCCAGAGGUUAUACUCGGGCACGGCGAGGUAUCACACCCAGAUGCUUCGCGUGAGGGAGUUCAUUCGGUUCCACCAGAUACCCAACCCUCUCCGCCAAAGGCUGGAGGAGUAUUUCCAGCACGCUUGGACCUACACGAAUGGAAUAGACAUGAACUCUGUUCUCAAGGGAUUUCCUGAAUGCUUGCAGGCUGACAUCUGCUUGCAUCUCAACCGGAAUCUGUUGCAGAAUUGCGGGGCCUUCGAAGGAGCAUCUCCUGGCUGCCUGAGGGCACUAACGUUGAAAUUUAAAACGACGCAUGCUCCACCAGGUGAUACUCUGGUGCAUAGAGGAGACGUUUUAUCUUCUUUAUAUUUUAUAUCGAGAGGUUCCAUAGAGAUAUUAAGGGAUGAUACUGUUAUGGCCAUCUUAGGAAAAUACGAUAUAUUCGGAGAAAAUCCUUGUCUUCAUGCGACUUUGGGAAAGUCCAGUUGCAACGUUAGAGCUUUGACUUACUGUGAUCUGCAUAAAAUAAACAGGGACGAUCUGUUGGAUGUACUGGAGUUGUAUCCGGAGUUUUAUAAUCAAUUUUUGAAUAAUCUAGAGAUCACUUUCGAUUUACGAGACGUGGAUCAAGCUGGUGUCAUCCCGAGAAGGAUGUUUUACUCGAAAACGCAAUCCCACGACAAAGAAAGCAGGUAUUUCAGAGGCGUAGGAUCGAAUGGGGUUUCAGGAAGGCAUUCCCUGACCGGCAGGCAGGAUUCCCAAUACAGUGACGAAUCUGAAUCAGGCCAUGGAAUUCUUGAAUUCACGACUGAAAAGGCUGGGCAGGAUGUCACCCCCAUGAACUUGGACUAUGGAGAGGAGAAAAGGCGUAGCUCCACAUUGAAUUCGAUAACAGGCAUGCUAAAUCACCUUAAGCGAAGUAUACCAGAUUUGAGAAUUCACAAAACCCAACAUCAACCACUGAUUGCCCAAACGACGCCUCCCUCCACCCACAGGGUACGUACAAUACGCCGCCAGUCUUCAAUAGGCGCCUACCAAGAGCAGGCGCCACCCACCAAUCAACAGCCGCCAGUUCAAAAUUCCGUUCCAGUAUCCAGUAGCACCAGUUACUACACCAACAGUCCAUCCCCUCCGAACGACGUCACCAAAAGCCAUCUGACGCCCGGCCAUCAGCACCAUCUGGCUGACCAGCAGCAGCAUCUGGAGGGCGGUGGUCUUCCCCAAGGCUCCGUUCUGGGACAACCGUAUCAACAUUCCAGCUUAGAAGCGCAAUACGAUAACCUUUUAGUUAGUAGGUCGCAAUUCGAAAACGUAGUUAGUAAGAUCGACAAUUUGGCGAUAAGGGUUUCCAGUUUGGAGAGGACUUUGGCGGCAGACGUCAAAAGUAUUCUUAUGAUAUUGCAGCAGCAGGGGAGAACGCACAACGUGUCUGCUUUGGAGGGUCGAACGAAUGGUGGUGCUAGGCAAGAUAUUCCAGAAUAUGAAAAUGUACAUUUAGAUACUAGUAGAAAUAAAUAUACGUUCCAGAGAUCCGUCAGUGAACCCAAACCUAUCAGCAGAAGUCAACAGUCUUCACAAAUUUUGCACAGAUUCGCGUCCUUCAACAAAGCCUUCGAUUUCGAGACAACCAGCGAGAUGACACUGACAGAGGCACCCGUGUUCAAGGAGAAGGACUUCAGGGAUGAGCCCACAGCCCCCAUAGCCAAACUAGAAUCCUUAGACGAAUUAGAUUUGGAAUCUCCACAGUCCAGCCCGAAGAAACCGAUAAUUUAGUAACCAAAUUCUAAGUUGUGGUCAAAGAAUUUUUUUACGGUACAAGGAGCGCCUUACAGAGUUACAUUUAAGCUUUUUAUAACUAAAUGAAAUGUUGAAUCAUUUGAUGGAUCGAGAUGACUCAAACGGACGUUGGGAAUCGUCGGAAGAGAAUUGAGAAGCCACAUAAAAACCACACGAACUUGCAAAACAUUCAGUAACACAAAACGUCAAAGAAGAUUCCGAGUAAAAUGGAUAUAUGUGAAGGUACAAAGUCUAUUUUGAAAGAUGGAAAAAAUACAAGAUAUUUUGUGUUAUCCCAAAAAAAAGAUACUUCGUCAAUAAGCACUUAACGCAACAAAAAAGCAACAAUUCCUCAAUUCAUGGAGGCGAGAAGGAGCAGAAUCGAUACUUAAAAGUGACAUAAUUAAAAUUUGAUACCUUUUUAUUACUUAUAUUGUUAGAUUUGUUGAAAUGCUUGAUUUUUGGCAUCAACCAAAGCUUUUUGAAGAAUUCACUCACAAAGAAAUAUGUUUAUACACUCUAUUACGAUAUUUUUAUUAAAAAUAAUGUAAUGUAAACAAUGAUAUUGAAAAAUACUCAAUAGACAUACAGCCAAAGAAAAGGCGAAAAAUGGC